CAUGUUUCGAUUGGGCGUCGUGGCGAACGGCAGAAGUUGGGCCACGUGUACGGUCAACCUCGACUUCUAACAUCUCCCAGAAAAUCGACGGUCAGCCAAUGGCAAGCACCACGGCUACAUAAUAGGCUCACAGUCGGCCAAAGACGCACCUCGAUUUAGCUCUGCCCGUGAAGCAAAAGCUCAUCGUCUCUUCAACUGCAAGGUGUCUUCCAUAGAUAUGGCUGGAAAAUCUUUCAAAUACGUGAUCCUCGGUGGUGGUGUUUCUGCCGGAUAUGCAGCUAGGGAGUUUGCCAAACAAGGAGUUCAGCCAGGCGAGCUGGCAAUUAUAUCCAAAGAGGCGGUGGCUCCUUAUGAACGUCCGGCACUUAGCAAGGCAUACUUAUUUCCUGAGGGGGCUGCAAGACUUCCAGGAUUUCAUGUUUGUGUUGGGAGUGGAGGCGAGAGGCUGCUUCCUGAAUGGUAUAAAGAGAAAGGCAUAGAAUUGAUCCUUAGCACGGAAAUAGUGAAAGUGGAUCUUGCAUCCAAGACUUUGAAAAGUGCAGCUGGAGAAUCCUUUGAGUAUCAUGUUUUGGUCAUUGCAACUGGUUCCACGGUUAUAAGGUUGACAGAUUUUGGUGUAAAAGGGGCUGAUGCUAAAAACAUCUUCUACUUGAGAGAAAUUGAUGAUGCUGAUAAACUUGUAGAAGCAAUUAAACAAAAGAAGAAUGGGACGGCUGUGAUUGUUGGAGGAGGAUACAUUGGUCUUGAACUUGGUGCAGUGAUGAAGCUCAACAAUUUUGAUGUUAGCAUGGUUUACCCAGAACCCUGGUGCAUGCCUCGGCUUUUCACUUCUGGUAUAGCUGCCUUUUAUGAGGGCUAUUACGCUAAUAAAGGAAUCAAAAUUAUUAAGGGAACAGUUGCAGUUGGGUUCGACUCUGAUACGGCUGGAGAGGUAAAGGCAGUAAAUCUUAAGGAUGGUAGGGUGCUGGAUGCUGACAUUGUUGUUGUUGGAGUUGGGGCAAAGCCACUUACAACAUUAUUCAAGGGGCAGGUUGAGGAGGAAAAAGGGGGCCUCAAGACUGAUGCGUUCUUCAAAACUAGCGUUUCUGAUGUAUAUGCCGUGGGUGACGUUGCUACUUUCCCAAUGAAACUAUAUAAUGAGAUCAGAAGAGUUGAGCAUGUUGACCAUGCUCGUAAAUCAGCAGAACAUGCAGUGAAGGCCAUCAAAGCGAGUGAGGAGAAAAAGUCAGUUGACGAGUAUGACUACCUUCCAUACUUCUAUUCCCGUUCCUUUGAUCUGUCAUGGCAGUUCUAUGGCGACAACGUGGGUGACACUGUGAUGUUUGGAGACAGCAACCCAGCAUCGCCAAAGCCCAAGUUCGGUUCUUACUGGAUUAAAGAUGGGAAGAUUGUUGGAGCUUUUCUGGAGGGUGGGACUCCAGAAGAGAACAAGGCCAUUGCCAAAGUUGCGAGGCUCCAACCUCCAGUUGGGAAUUUGGAGCAACUGUCGAGUGAAGGCCUCAACUUUGCAUGUAAGAUUUGAAAAUCUUAUCCAAAUUUGGGGAGGAAAAGUACGUGGACAGACACAGACCAACAUUGACUACACUCUUAAUUUUUCAUAUUUUCUGAUUAUAGGAUAAUGGAUAGAUUACAUAAAAGAGUGGGCUUUGUUCUUAAAUGGACUAUUGCUUUUAAACUGCUUUGGAUUGAUCACAGUUCUGUAAUUUGGGUUGUGGAUUACUCUGCUUUUAUUACAAUUGGAAAGAUGGCUUCAGUUUUUAUUAA